UAUCCUUUCGCCAAUCCGGACCAAUUCGUUGAACAGAUUCAACAACAAUUGACGAAACUUUCUUCACAACGCUCAAACAAACGAUUAACACAAAAAGGCUCAGAAAAACAGAAAACAAAACGCCCGGGUAAAUCGAGGCCGACCAAACCUGCGGAAACAACCGAUUCCGACCCACUCGCUGCGGACCCGGACGAUGUCGGCGAUGUGCGGGCCACACCACUUGUUCGAUUGGAUUUCGAUAUGCCUGAAGGUACACAGGAUGCCGGCGACUCGCUUACCGAGACCGAGGAUCUGAAUGAUCCACACCGGCGUCUGGACAUCGCUUUGGACGGUCUCAUAGAUCCUAUACCACCUCGGCCAUCCUCAUCAGCUAUCGGCUCCAGACGUUCGGAUCGAGGAUCAAAGAAAUCCACUCCAUCGAAACGAGUUGAGAGUGCUCGCACAAACCGGGUAUGCGGUCGAGGUUGUUAA